AUGUCUUCGUCACGAACUACAGAAGAGACCUACGAAUCACAGAAUGAUCAGCGACUAGAUGAGUUACAUUCAAAGAUACGAACACUGCGCGGAGUCACCACAGACAUCUAUGACGAUGCCGAAAGACAACAUCUGACUCUAGAUGAUACAGGAAACGCUUUCUCUAGCCUUUCAACAUCCUUGUCUCAGUCAUCUCGACGAGCUGCGCAAGCAUUCGGCCUCUCCGGCGCAGGCGGCGUUAGACAGAUGCGGAUAAUAAUGUAUAUUGUUGGCUCUUUUCUGGCACUCUGGAUAGUUUGGAAAGUAAAGGGGAUCUGGUGGGUCAGCGAAAGCGCAUGA